UAACAGCGCCGUGAGCGGAGACUGCUGAAAAAGUCUCGAUGAGCCGACAUACGGAGAAGGAAAUGCGUUUUUAUUCUCCAGCAAGAGCCCUUCCGUCGCCCUAGUGAUCCAUUCUCUGGAUUUUAAAGUGUCGUCGUUUAUUGGUGUUCAGGGAUUGAGUUUAUGUGUGGAUUAUUGGAUCCCGGAGGCCCCGUUGAGUUGAAUGUGUGUGCUGGGCUGGAGUGGGUCAGUAUGAGGCUGCUGCUUCUGCUGCGCUGAAUGAGGGCUCUCAGCACCUUUUUCUCCGGUCUGUGAAUAAAUAACAUUUACCCAUAAACCUGGACCCCUCCGGAGCAGUUUAUGACGACUCCGGUUGGACCGUAAUGACCGCACGCUUCCGGUUGCCUGCAGGCAGAUCCUACAAUGUCCGAGCGACGGAGCUGGCAUGUGACAGGCAGUGCACCGAGGUGGUCUGCAACAUUCUUCUUUUGGACAACACUGUCCAGCCUUUUAAAAUCAAUAAGCACGAUCAAGGUCAGAUCCUGCUGGAUGCUGUCUUUAAGCAUCUGGAGCUGACUGAGAGAGACUAUUUUGGGUUGCACCUGGCCAACGAUUCCUCUGAUAGCCCGAGGUGGCUGGAUCCAAAUAAACCCAUAAGGAAGCAAUUAAAAAGGGGCUCCCCGCAUCAUCUGAAUUUCAGGGUAAAAUUUUUUGUGAGUGACCCCAACAAACUUCAGGAAGAAUACACCCGGUACCAGUAUUUUCUGCAGAUUAAGCAGGACAUACUCAGUGGAAGACUGCCAUGUCCGCACAAUACUGCCGCACUCCUGGCAUCGUACGCUGUUCAGUCUGAGCUGGGCGAUUACAGCGAGGUUGAUAGUUCACCAGGGUACCUGUCUGAUUUCUUCUUCAUCCCAAACCAGCCCCAGAGCUUUGAAAAAGAGAUCACCAAAUAUCACCAGCAGCACAGUGGACUUACCCCAGCACAGUCUGAAUUCAAUUACCUGAACACGGCACGAACGUUGGAGCUCUAUGGAGUGGAACUGCACUAUGCAAGGGAUCAAAUCAACACAGAGAUUUUCAUUGGCGUGAUGUCAGCUGGCAUAGCCAUCUAUAUGAACAGGGUACGAAUCAGCUACUUUCCAUGGUUGAAGAUUGUGAAAAUAUCUUUUAAAUGCAAACAGUUUUUCAUCCAGCUAAAAAAAGAGGCGAAUGAAACAAGAGAUUCAUUGCUGGGCUUCAACAUGGUAAACUACAGGGCUUGCAAGGACCUCUGGAAGGCCUGUGUGGAACACCAUACAUUCUUUCGGCUGGAUCAUCCUGUUCCCUCACAGAAGAACUUCUUUGCACACUACUUCAGUUUGGGCUCCAAGUUUCGUUUCUGUGGGAGGACGGAAGCACAAUCUGUUCAGUAUGGCAAGGAGAAGGGAAUCAAGGGCAGAGUAUUUGCAAGAUCUCCAAGCAAGCCCCUGGGCAGGAAGUUGAUGGGUGUUACAGACUGGGAAGCAAUGAGCAGGAACUCACUGUCUGAGGAGAGGCUGGAGACCCGUAGCAUGCCCACCCGCUCACCCCCUGGGACGCCCAACCAGAACUACUUGUUUAUUCAAGAGGGUUCCCUGCUGCGGCCCUCUUCCAUGGGUCACCUGGUGGACCAUGUCAUCCAUGCCUCACCUUGCCUGCCCAGUUUCUCCAAUCACAAAACGGCCUCCUCUAUGAAGGCCAACAGCAUCAGCCUGGAGUCUACACUGUCUCCAGAAGCCAUUGAAGCUGCCCCUGCCCUCCCACCCAAACAGUCCCGGAAGAACCUGAGCCAACUUAUACUGUCCCACUCACAACAGGACUUGGACCACCACAUCAACGAAAUGUACGAUGUCCCCAUAAUAACAGACAAAGCCACGCCCAAUGGAGUCAUUCAUCAUGACAAUCUUGUCCUGAUCAAGAUGAAACCAGAUGAGAAUGGAAGAUUUGGGUUUAAUGUGAAGGGUGGCUCUGACCAGAAGAUGCCCAUUAUUGUGUCUCGGGUAGCACCUGGAACAUCGGCUGAUUUGUGUGUGCCUCGUCUAAAUGAGGGUGAUCAGGUUGUGUUGAUCAAUGGUCAAGAUAUUUCAGAGCACAUGCAUGAUCAGGUAGUCACGUUCAUCAAGGCCACCUGUGAGAGUCACUCAGGGGAGCUCAUCCUGUUGGUGCGACCCAAUGCUAUCUACGAUGUAGCUGAGGAGAAACUGGAAACGGAGCCAGAUUUUCAGUACAUCCCAGAGAAAUCUCCCACACACCCCUCCCAACUGGACCAGGACGCCUGGAGGGACUCCAUGCUGCAGCUAAAAGAGAGUCUCAACAGUGGUACUGUACUGGCCCAGUUUGAUCAAAUGUACCGGAAAAGGCCUGGCAUGACAAUGUCAUGUGCCAAAUUACCUCAGAACAUUUCCAAAAACCGCUACAGAGACAUCUCACCUUAUGAUGCAACUAGAGUCAUCUUGAAAGGCACAGAUGACUACAUCAAUGCAAAUUACAUCAAUAUGGAAAUCCCGGCCUCCAGUCUCAUAAACCGCUAUAUUGCCUGCCAGGGGCCGCUGCCCAACACGUGCCCGGACUUCUGGCAGAUGACGUGGGAGCAGGGCUCCUCUAUGGUAGUCAUGCUUACCACUCUGGUUGAGCGAGGACGCGUGAAGUGCCAUCAAUACUGGCCUAACCCCUCAGGUAGCGCUACAUAUGGCGGCUUUCAGGUUUCCUGCCAAACGGAGGAGGGAAACUCAGCUUUCUUGGUUAGAGAUAUGACCAUUAAUCACAUUGAGAGUGGGGAGAGCAGGGAAUUGACCCAGAUCCAGUACCUGGCAUGGCCUGAUCAUGGUGUACCAGAUUACUCAACUGACUUCCUGGAUUUUGUGGCUCUGGUCCGGAAUAAAAGAGCUGGAAAGGACGAGCCUGUUGUGGUCCACUGCAGUGCUGGCAUUGGCCGUACAGGAGUGCUCAUCACCAUGGAGACGGCAAUGUGUCUGAUGGAGUGCAGUCAGCCUGUGUAUCCAUUAGACAUCGUGAGAACCAUGAGGGAUCAGAGGGCCAUGAUGAUUCAGACACCUAGCCAGUUCAAGUUUGUGUGUGAGGCCAUACUAAAGGUUUACAAGGAAGGCCAAGUGAAACCAUUCAAGUCCAUGCUGUACAAAUGAAACUAAUGUAUUGCCAGCUUUUCCUGAAAUUGAUGCUGAAAUUCACUGACGGAAUCUAUUUUACAUGAUAUCAUGGCUCCAUAACGGACGAACGGUGGAGAAAUUUCUCGAGCCAGGAACAAAGGACAUAAACCAAGCACUGCUGCACUUUAUACUGGCAAAAAGACUACAUGCCAAGCUUCAAUGGAGAGAUAAAAGGAUAAAAACUAACAAAGGUGAAUUUGAUACUUGUUGGGACUUUGAGUGUUCAGGGUUUUAACAAACAUAUAUGUUAAUAAUGAAUAUAGAAGAGAUUGCUAGUGCCAUAUGUAAGUGUGUAAGGGCAGGCCUGUAAAUGAAUGAGUGUUUUUUUGUGGUGACCAUUAUUUGGAAACAAAAAGAAAAAUCCACAAGACAAUUUGCGUACAGAUGAACAGUUAUAUUUUUAUUCUGGAUAUUUAUUGUGUUUUAGUUUUAAUGUUGACCCAUGCCCAUUGAACAAAAGUCACUACUUACAAAUCAAGAUUGGUAUUUCUUACCACAGUGAUAGUGGAUGUUUUAUUAAUAUUUUUCCUGUUUGAUAUCUUUUUUGACACAGGGUGAAAUUUGUUUUUAUUUAUUUUGCUGUAACUAAAAUUGAUGCAGUCAGGACUAAAAGGCACUUGGCAUAUCAGCUGUUUCUAAAGUGCUCCAUGUCUACUACAUAUAGUGUAGUAUCAAGCACGACUUAACAAUUGUGAUACAAAACAAUUACCAGCCAUCAUUGAUCAGUUCAAUUACAAUUUAGUUUAAAGGAAUAGUUCCCCCAAAAAUUAUCACUCUCUCAUCAUUUACCCUUAUGCCAUCUUAAACUAUAUGACUUAAGUUCUUUAGUGGAACAAAAAGGAGAUGCUUUGAAGAAUGUUCUCACUGGUCACUAAAUUAAAACAGCAUACCGGACAAAAAGAACAGGAAAAAAGCACCAUUCUAAACAGUCAUUCUAAUGCUCUAUAAUUCAAGUCUUUUGAAGCUAUACAAUAGUUUUGAGUGAGGAAUGGACCGGAAUUUAAAUAAUUAAUUACUGAAAAUCUUUUAUCUGUUGUAGCUCUCAAAUAAAAUUUGUGCUACCUAGGGCUGGGUGAUAUGCAAGAAAUAUUUUCACAAUAUUUUUAUAAAAAAGAAAUAUAUAUAUAUAUAUAUAUAUAUAUAUAUAUAUAUAUAUAUAUGUGCAUAUGCGAUAUCCGGAUACAUCGUUGAUGAUCGUUGAAUAUUUUUCAUUCAUUUUCAUACAUAGACAUCAGGUGGAAAAUCACCAAUACAAUUAAGAUCUAAAGACAAUUAUAAGUUUAAACAUAAUAAUGAUGAUAAUAGUAAAAAUAAAAAUGUAAAUAAAUCAUUACCUCAACAGAUUGUUUCACUUAGUCUGUACUUCAACGAAUGGAAAACACAAAUUUUCUUAUUAGGUUUAAUCCUAAUAAAUUCCCUUGUGGUCCCCAAUUUAUGCUGCCUAAUAAUUUUUUACUGAGUUCUUAUGGAACUCAAUUUCAGGUUCAAGGUGAACUUGUUUUGUAUUAUUUUAUGAUUUAAUCACUUUUAUUUGUAGAUCUUAAACUGUGUUGUCCCUAAGAUGAUCGUAAGGUUAUUUAAUGGGGACUACGCACGCCAUCAUUUUAUUUAAAAAGAAAACUAUAGUUUAAUUCCUUUGCCUGCAAAUUAAACACUUUUCUUAAUGGAGUGGAUGAUGAAUACAUGUUGAUGUGACAACGCAAUGUAUUUUGCAUAACUUUUAAAUAAAAGUUUUUAUAAAGACCGCAAUGUUUCAUCACUCAUUGUUUUUGCUUUAAUGAUAUUCAAUAUUAAUGUCUUUUCCCAACAGGCUAUAUUUCCCUAGUAAUGACAUUUCUAAUAUAUGUGUGGUUUUUAUCUAGUUGCUAAGCCAUAGUAUAUUUGAUGCAAGACAUGUCUGAAUCUAGAGAGUAGCAUAUAACUGGAAAAUGUUUCAUGAUAUUCAGAGAACAUCAGCAGUGAACAUGAAGUAUACACGAUCAGCCACAACAUUAAAACCACCUGCCUAAUAUUGUGUAGGUCCCCCUAGUGCUGUCUAAACAGCGCCAACCCAUCUCAGAAAUAGCAUUCUGAGAUUAUAUUAUUCUCACCACAAUUGUACAUAGUGGUUAUCUGAGUAACCCGUGCCAGACGGUCUGGUUUGAGUAUUUCUGUAACUGAUGAUCUCCUGGGGUUUCCAUGCGCAACAGUCUCUAGAAUUUACUCCGAAUGGUGCCAAAAGCUAAAAACAUCCAGUGAGCGGCAGUUCUGCAGAUGGAAACACCUUGUUGAUGAGAGAGGACAUCAGAGAAUGGCCAGACUGGUUCAAACUGACAAAGUCUACAGUAACUCAGAUAAUCGCUCUGUACAGUUGUGGUGAGAAGAAUAGCAUUUCAGAAAUCUAUUCUGAGAUGCUGGUUGGCGCUGUUUUGGCGGCACGAGGGGGACCUACAAAAUAUUAGGCAAGUGGUAUUAAUGUUGUGGCUGAUCGGAGUAUGACUCUGUGGAACAAAAUUGGGGGUUUCUCCAAUCAGUGGCUGUUUUCAAACCGGGAUGGGCAUUUUUCAACCAUCUAAUUAAAAUAAGGAACCUCUGGCCUCCGUAAUGCUUAAAACGUUUUUAAUAUUUUGAUAAGGAUCUAAAAAUGUAAGUGCAUGAUAACUAUUGGGCUAUUAUUUAAUAUAUUUGGCAACUUCCCAGUUACAUAGUUUUGUAAUUUCCCAAUAUUGUCUAUCAUAUUGUCGAUCAAGAUGGUCUUAAUCAGCAUCGGGAAAUUUGUCAGAUAUCAACAAUUUCCGAUUAGAUCAUCCUAUCGCCCAGCCCUAGUGCUCCGGAUCUUGAAACUUGUUGCAAUCAGCUUCAAGACACACAAGAGCCAAUAGCAUAUAUUGUUGGUGACGUUAAACCUGGCAUGAUGCAUCCUGACAUGACACAUUUUUAUUAUGCACAUGUGUGUUAGAGCUACAACAGAUGAGAACAUUUUCAGGGAAUAUGACUUAAAUUUUAGCCUUGUUUCUUACAUAAAUCUAGAUAGUCAUGAAAGUGGGGCAUGUGGGAGAUUACCUCACAUUCUAGGUUUAGAGGAAGUGACCUUUCCACUGGUUUAUUAUAAUGAUGACCUCCAGUCAGUAACAUUCAGUGCCAUCAUGCUCCAUUAGAGCUCUUCUCAGAUCAGUAGAUUUCUUGGUCAUAUCAAGAGUAAUUUUAAGUGUAUUUAAACAGAUUCAGCUCUUUCCAGCUCUCCUCUCAUAUAAACCACAAAAGAUAUAUUUCUGUUCUUUGCAGGUUCACUUUUUGUUUUUGUUUUUAAAUGAAAUUGUGUUUUAAUGCUUUCACACAUUUGUGCUACCCAAAAGCAAAUAUUCCCACAAACAUAAACUGCUUUACCAUUCAACCACCAAUAAUCUCUUUGUCACAUGUGUUAUAUGUUUUGUCCAAUCUGUACGUUACACAACACAGUAUGUCAAAUGCAGUAAGGUUUAGAAACAGUUUUUGUUUCUUGUUCUGUACAUGAUUGACCUGUUUUUUUUUCUUGUAGCAAACUGUGGUUUAGCACGAAUCUUGUAUGAAUCUUGCUGUGUCGAGCAUGUCAAGCUAUCUGACACUGCAUUAACAAGCUGAGUGUGUGUGUCAGUGUGUUUUAUAAGAUACUGCUAGUUGUGUGAACUUAAUAGCCCAAAUCACAUGUUCAGGUUUGACUUAGGAGACCAAGGUGUGGUUCAACACAUUACAGGGGUAUGGUUCUGACCAUCUGAUUUUAUAUUAUUAUUGUGUUUAUUGAGCCCAUGAAAUCCAACAGUUGCAAUUUAUUUUUAUUUUUUUUAGGCAAAAAAGCAUUUGCUUCUCAUGCUAAAUUGUUUCAUUUAGUAAAACUCAAUGCAGCUUUUCUUAAAUUUGUGACCCAUUGCCCAGUUUUACAGGUUAUUUCUAGUUAAAUACAGAGUCAAAAUUAAUCUGAAUUAGUAUUUGUAAGGUACUGUUUACUUCUACAGGCAAGCACCUAUUUCUUAUUGGUCAUGCUUGCUGGAGAAAGUAGGAUUUAGGACCAAAUAAUUCCGCUCUAUGCUCUAUAUACAGCAACAUAAGCACAACAGCUAAAUUACAUGCGAUUUGACAGAAACUAAAUGCAUCCUGCUUUGUGGGAAAGAAAGAAACACAAUUACAAACUUGUGUUAAUGUUUUAUUUGCUGCGAAUAACAGGAAGAUCAAGUUGUGUCACUUGUCCAUUUUUAUGAAAAUAUUAGUGUACAUACAAUGU